GACCUCACGACCAAUUCGACAUCUGUCUCGACUUCGCAGACAGCACAUAUCGUCAACAUGGCCGACCGCGAGCAACCCGUUACGCUGAGAACGCGCAAGUUCAUCCGCAACCCUCUUUUGGGCCGCAAGCAGAUGGUCAUUGACGUCCUGCACCCAAACCGCGCCAACGUGUCCAAGGACGACCUCCGUGGCAAGCUCGCUGAGCUGUACAAGUGCACCAAGGACCAGAUCAACGUCUUCGGUCUCCAGACCCAGUUCGGUGGCGGCAAGACCACCGGCUUCGCCCUCGUUUACGAUUCCCCAGAGGCCCUCAAGAAGUUCGAGCCUCACUUCAGACUUGUCCGUGUCGGUGUCGCAGAGAAGAUCGAGAAGCCAUCCAGAGCGCAACGCCAUCAACGCAAGAACAGGCUCAAGACCCUCCGCGGAACGGCCAAGGUCAAGGGACCCAAGAAGAAGAAGAACGACGACUAAGCUAUUCGCCUUGUGUAUGGAGCAUACGGUGGUUUGGUUGCGGUGGGUGUUGGGUUGUUCGGGAAGACAGGCAUCGUGUAUUCGCAUUGCAUCGGUCUCCUUAUAUUGUGGUAGCAGAAAUUAAGGAAACGAAUCGGGACAUGAUGGCAUGAAUUCGAUCGCUCCGCUGGCCCAAUACCAUUUCAAUUGAGGUUUACAAUCCAUUCGCUGGCUCUGCGUGUUUGUGUGACAGUAAUUUUCCCUUCAUGUCUUUUGCUGAUGGAAAAGUGUAUUCUAUUGACAGAAAAUAUUUUACAAAUGGACAAUUUCGCGAAUAUACGUUUGACUGCCAUCAAGGUCAUGCCUUCCACACCAAGCGUCAGGGUAAUUGCCAAACAAACAAACCCGGAAACCCGACUGUACUAUGUUUUGCCCAUCCAGACACCCUUUCAGCCGCGGCACAGGAUAACGAACUCCACAUUAAGGAUCCUCCAUAUCUCACCACAAAACUGUUGCACAUUUGUCUUGCUCUCCUCACGAGCAGUCACUCUGGUAGGCAAGGGUGUAUUUUCUUCUAUCUCCUCUCGAUGUCGCAUAUUCUAUAUUUCUAC